GAAUGACUAAGAUGAAACAUUAUUUGCACGAAAAUGGAAAAAGAUGACCAAUCAACCUCACAAGUUUCAGAAAACUCACUUGUUCACCAAGUGCACAUGAUGAAGGUAUGUGUUGCUGUAGCAUGUUGCGCCAUAAAGCCAAAGAACACACCCGUCCGGACCUUCACGGAGGCUCUCGGUACUGCAUUCCACAACGCUAACCGGCAACUUCAGAACAAGCAAACGUCGUUGGAGGCAGAACUCCUCCACCUGCGUCAACAGAUCGCUAUGGGUUCUAUGUCUUCACAGGAAAAGAGCCAUGCCCAGCAGGACGUGUCACAAGCUGAUGUUGAAGUUUUGUUACCUACCCCACCAUCGUCUGGCACAGAGAUGCAUGAUGUGACCUUAGUGGAGAGGAGAGACUUUGACUCUCUCCAUAGAAACACACAGUUCCUUCAAAGUGUCAUAAACUUACAACAGGUCACAAGGCAAGCAUCAGAAUUAGAGCGACUCAAUGUUGGAGAUAAAAUUGCCACAAAUUCAGAGAAAGAUUAUUCAUCUCUGGAAGUAAAAUUGAAAUCGAUGACUAAUUUAAAUCACACAACUAUUGUCCAAAGCUUACAGACAAUAAAAAGAUGUAUACAGGAUAAGACAUUCAUGGUGUCUGUAAAGUCCCUACAGCGUUGUAUACAGUGUAUAGUACAACUGAUGGACCGGUUACCUGACCUCGCAUCCAACAUACCUAUCGUCUCCCUCAUCAAGGACAUAGUUAAAAGUCUGGUGGAGGACAUACUCAACAUCCAGGAGGAUUCUUCCCAUACACAGCGAAAUAGUAGACAGCAAAGUAUAGAUCUGGUUCUUGAGUUCUCAAAACCACCAGUAACAAGAAUUUCUCAGGAAGUUAUGAUGGAGGAAAUCCAAAGAUUUUCACAGCAUUUACAGGAUGUUUGUGUCAAUGGCAAAUCGUUGCAGGUAUCCUGGUUCGAAAACAUCAUAUUUGUCAUCCAGCUCCUGCAGACUGUGUUGGAUGAAUACUACAGUAGCCAUGUGACCAAAGACCGUGCCAUGUUACAGGGACUGAAGGACAAAUUAGAGGACUCACUUCUACACGUGACACACACAUUCCCACUGUACGCACACUCCAUAUGGAACAUAUGUGGACAGCUAGAACUGCAGCUAUGGAAAACAACUAGUGUUUAAAAUGGUACUGCUAAGGGACACAAGGACAUUCUGUUGAAAAUGUACUCUACCCCCAAGUGACAAAUUGUUUUAAAGGGACAAAAAGUUCCUCUCAUAGGACAAAAGAUGUUUAACCUUUGGACAAAAAAGCUAUUCCAAUGGGAUGAUUUGGCAAUACUUAAUAGGACACAAAGGCGAAUUGAUAUCUUAUGAAUUAGAGACUAUCAAUAUUUGUACAUAAAUGCAUGUAAAUAUUAUGUGAUGUUGAAUUUUCUAUAAUGUCAUCAGCACAAGUAAAAUAUUGAUUAAGAGUCGAUCACUUUGUGUUGUACGCAGAGUAAUAAAAUUGAGGCCAGGCUUGAGGUUUUGCUGAGU